ACAUGGUGCGGGCGACGGCAGCCCGGGCGGUGCGGCCAAACUUGAGGGUGGCUGCGGAGCUUCGGCUAGCCCUGCCCUGGUCUCGGACGACGAGCGCGGUGCGGCGCGGCCGAGGGGGCGGGGGCGCGGGAGCUUGCGACUCGCGGGAGCGCCGAGGCGACCUCAGCCCCUCAUCUUUACGUAACCGGCAGCGCCUCCGCACGCAGCAGCCGCGGCCGGCUCUGCCGCUGUCGCCGCCGCCCUGCCGGGCGCCCCGCGCGAUCCCACGAUGGGCGCGCCCUCCUCCUGAGCCGGUUCCUUGGAGAGAUGCCACACGUGGCGGUCGCAAGUUUAUUCGACUGCAAACGUGUCCGAGUCACGGGGAAAGCCAACUGCUAGCCAGGCGCACGCCUCGACCGCCUCUCCGCCGAGCUGACGCCCUGAGGCAUCAGCCGAGUACGCGGAUGAGGGGGGCCGGGGCUGAGUGGGGCGCCGCGCCUACAAGACACUUCUUCCCGCGUCCGCCGACGGCCGCCGAGCCCCUGGUCCUGCCGCGCCGCGCCGCUCCGGCAUUCUCCAGCUCAGUAACAAUUUCGCAGAAUCCCAUCACGUCACAAUCCAGGCCCCCUCCAAUUGGUCAGUGGGGAGGGUGAUUCAACUCUGUUUACUUUCUCCCCCUGCCAGUCAGAAGGGCCCUUCGGUGGAGAGGUGCGUCUAGAACUACGGCGCGCGGCCAAUCCGACCGUUCCGUUCCGCCGCCGCGUGCUGCCCCUCCAGCCCGGAACGCUGACAUUUAAAAGGGAAACUGCUCGGAGCCCGGCAACCAGCGGCUGCGCAUCUCCGCAGAUGCCGCCCAGGCCGCGCGCGCGCCCACGCCUCCCGGCCCACGUGCCAGCUGGCGUGGCUUGGGAACGCAUCUCCCCUAGGCAGUUACACCCAUCCCUAGGGACGAAACAAAACUUCACCUUCGUGUUCCCAGCCCUCAAAUAGUUAAGUGACUUCCUGCAAACGCGACAGUCCCAGCAACCAGCCUUCCAAUCAAAAGGGCUCCUCCCAAUUCCUGCAGGGCACAUUUCCUUCCUCUUGCUUCACAAUGGUGGAGAACAGGACUAGUCUAUCUUAUCUGGUGUAGGAGGCAGAACUCAGAAGAAACCAUAAGGUUCCUGAUUCCUGACUCUGCUUUAGAAGAACCACCCCAGUGAAAUAUUAACUGUGUUAAAUAGUCUUAAGAACUGGAAUCAGCCAGAGAUCCUUAACAACUGAAUCUGGUGGCAUUACUUGGUCAACAAUUAGUGUGGAUUUGGGAGUCUGAUUAACUCAGCGUGCUUCUUCCUGUGAUGAAUCCAUCUUGAAAAGCUGAGCAAAGACUCUAGGGCCAGUAUCCCUAGCAGGGGCUACUGUCCACACCGAUGAUUAAAAAGCCCAUCCACCUAGCCUGAGUGCGAAAGGCUCUUGUCUCGGAGACACUAACUUCACAGUACCUAACCCGGACUCCCACUAGUGGUUAAGCCUCAGCGAUUUGGACACUUCUACCGGGCAGGAAAGAUACCACACAAGGUCAUUUGCUGGGAAAAGAACAUGUAGAAAGGAGGUGCUAACCCAUGGAGAAUUAUAACUGCAUUACGUCACAUCCUGAGAGCACCAGGGGACACACUUUGUGUCAGGCCCAGGCCCAAAGACCCUUAUAACAUCCAUGUGAGGUGUGAGUGUGGGCGCACGCACGCACGUGCACACACACAUAUAUGGUAUGUGUAUAUAUUGUGUAACAGGGAAGCCAUCUUGGAAAUCUUGCAUUCUAAAAACCUUAAUUUCAGAAGAGAAUUCACUGCAGCUGGCCAUGAUGGUGCUGACCAUAAGUCCCAGCACUCAGGAGGCUGAGGCAGGAUAGAGUAUUUGAGGAGGCUACAGAGAUCCUGUCUCAAAAAUAAAUAAAUAAAUAAAAAGGGAAGAAAGACGAAAGAAGAAAAAAUGAAGGAAGAAGACGAAAGAAAAGGGGCAGAGGGAAGGACUGGCGCUGUCUAGUUCAUGAUCUUUUUUUCCCCCUAGAAUAAAGUCUGUCCCUAGGGUACAUGAGUCUUUAGAAUUUGCACCUCUGCCUGCCUCCCUAGGGCACAGCACAGACAACCAGAGGGAUCAGUCCGAGAGCCCCAUGAUUAAGGCCUACACAGCCUCCCAGAUCUGUUUCCAGACCUGUGUUUCCACUGGCAUUAGUUACACUUAUGAAGUCUCUUCAGGCCUGGGUCUGAGUGGCUACCAAAGAUUAGCACUAGCAUUAUUCUCAGAGGAGGAGGAAGAGGAGGAAGAGGAGGGGAGGAGGAGGAGGGAAAGAGGAGGAAGAGGAGAGGAGGAGGAGGAGGGGAAGAGGAGGAAGAGGAGAGGAGGAGGGGAGGAAGAGGAGGAGAGGAGGAAGAGGGGAGGAAGAGGAGGACAGGAAGAGGAGGGGAGGAAGAGGAGGACAGGAAGAGGAGGGGAGAAAGAGGCUGUAUCUUGCCUUAAAGAUUAUGAUUCUGAAUUGGAAUACAGUCACCUCAGGGUUUUUUAAAGUAAACCUUAACUUCCCUUUCUUCUUGCCACCUUCUUUCUAAUGCCUUUAAUUUCACAUGACCCUGACUGCACUCUCAACACUCCUGACUCAGUUAUAAAGAAGAUGAAGGAAGCAGAUCUCACCCGUGUGAAUGUCUCUCACAGAUUCGCAAGCACACAUGCUACUGGAUUUAGAGAAUCGCUUCCAAUUCGGCAAUUCCAGCACUGUACGCCAUGCUCCCCUUCUCCGACCGUUCAUUCUCAGAUAAUGGGGGAUAUAGAAAUACAGAGGGAGCCUGUUCUCUAUAAGAUGACAGCUACCUGUACACGUACAGUUCGAUAGCACAGAGCACAAGAAGUGCUAUUUCCUCCAUCAUGAUUCUUUCCCUUGCUCUACUGGAAUAUACUGUAACUGUUUUAUGAUUAAAACCAGCUUAUGCUAUUUA